AAAAUAUAUUAUUUAUUGUUUACCUUAUGAAUCUUGUAUUUGUAAUUCACAUUUAUUACAGAAAAAGAUGAUUUUUACACGUUGUUUAAAAUGGUCAAAGAAUUAUAUACAAUUAACUGUUUCUCGUAGUUUCCAAAAUGCCCUGUCACCUAUGUUAUGCUUGGUUACAAAUACGAAGAAAAAUUUAAAUGCUGAUGUUGUUUGGUUAGAUAUGGAAAUGACCGGUCUUGAUCUAAAUACAUGUCAUAUCUUGGAAAUAGCAUGUUUAAUCACUGACAAAAAUUUAAAUGUCAUCAGUGAAGAUUUGAAUAUUGUAGUACAUCAACCAGAUGAGGUAUUGAACAACAUGAAUGAAUGGUGUUUAAAAACUCAUCAAAAGACUGGAUUAAUUAAUGAAUCAAAGUUAAGUAAAGUAAUGCUACAAGAUGCAGAACAAAGGGUAUUAGAAUAUCUAAGUACAUAUGUAAAAAAGGGAAUUAGUCCAUUGGCAGGAAGUUCAGUUUAUGUAGACCGUAUGUUUUUAUACAAAUAUAUGCCAAUGGUUAAUGAUUAUUUACAUUAUAGAAUUAUUGAUACUUCCACCAUUAAAGAGUUAAUAAAAAGAUGGAAUAUUGAUGUGCCUACUUUCCCUAAACAACAUAAGCACAGAGCACUGGCAGAUAUACAGGAAAGCAUAAAAGAAUUAGAACAUUAUAAAAAACAUAUAUUUGAUCUAAGUGUAAAGGCUUGAUGAUGUAAGUAAAUAUAAAUGUUAACAUAAAAUAAUAAUUGUGGAUUUUUUAAAGAACGUACCAAUUAAGGACUUAAAGGACCUUUAAUUAUGUUUUAAGUACAAGAUUUAUUGUGAAAUAUAAAAGUGUCUAUCAAAUACAAUAAUGCAGUAGUUACAUGUAA